CUUUGUUGAUCUUUGACAGUUGAACGCUGCCCGUGAAACAACAAACGAAGAAGAGAAGGAGCCAAUCAGAUGAAGAGCAAAGGACAUAUGUCCAGGCAUGUUCUGACACACGUGCUAGCUACCUCAAAAGAAAAUGACUGCAAUGCCAGUUUCAUGUGUUGAUGAUGGCAGAGGCGUCAAAAAGGAAUAAAGCUGCCUCGUGGGGGCUUUUCAGCAACUACCGAUAUUUGUGCAAAAAAUCGAUGAUGCUUCGUGCCAUGGAAAAUGCGAGAUCUAGGAAAAAAUGCCAGCAGAAGAUAAGCAUUGCCAACAUGAAAAGGAAAACCAUGGACAACCAUAAUGAACCACUGGAUAAAAAUAAACUGGUCAAAAAAACAAAAUUUAACAAUACAAACACUCUGGACUCUGAAAGCAAGAGCACUCAUGUAUCUGAACCUGAACACCUUGAGCCUAAAGCUUCUGAGCACCACAGUUUAGUCACAGCCCUCAAAGACAUUUGGGAGGUGGACAGUGGUUUCUCCUCUGAGACGAGUCCUCCGGUCAGUGGGCGGAGCUCGCCGUGCCUCAGCUUGUGCUCGACCACAGUGGUGGCGUUGGACUGUGAGAUGGUUGGGACGGGGCCUGGCGGGAGCUGCAGCGAGCUGGCCCGUUGCAGCAUCCUGGACUAUCAUGGCAACGUAUUGUAUGAUAAAUAUGUCCGACCGUGUCAGCCUGUCACAGAUUACAGGACUCGCUGGAGUGGCAUCCGGAGGCAUCACCUGCACAACGCCAUGCCCUUUGCUCAGGCCAGGGAGGAGAUCCUCAGUAUACUUGAGGGCAAAGUGGUCGUCGGCCACUCCAUCUACAAUGACUUUGAGGCGCUGGACAUUGCCCAUCCAGGUCACAUGGUCAGGGACACCUGCACGACGCGCUACCUCAGCCGGUUGGCCGGUUUCUGCCGCGAACGCUGCCCCUCCCUCAAAAUCUUGACCAGUAAGCUGCUGAACAGGAGGAUUCAGGUGGGGAGGAGGGGUCACUGCUCGGUGGAGGACGCUCUGGCCGCCCUCGACCUCUACAAGCUGGUGGAGGGCGAGUGGGAGCAGGAGCUGCAGAACAAACUGAGGGGAGACGGCGCUUCACACGAGCCCAGCUUCGCCUCCUCAAACCACUACAUGCAGGACGAGUACUGGCCAGAUGAUGCCAUCACUGACAGCCAAUGAGAGGAGGGUAUUCAUGACGUGUAGUGGGAAAUACCUCGACAGAUUUACAUUACAUGGUGAUGUACGGUCAUCAGAGCAGAUUCAGAUAACUAUAAAUAAUGUGAAUUAAUAAACUCUUGAUGGUAAAUUAGGUCUGGAUGAAAAGUAAUUUCAAAAUGGGUCAUUUUUGGAUGGAAUAUGUAAAAGGUUAUCUGCAUUGUCUUACAUGAGAUGUACUGUACAACUUUUGGGGGAAACAACUUUAUAGCUUGAAAUUAAAACGCUAACUUAUUACUUUUAAACAUGAUUGGAGUUCCCAACAGCAUAUGUUUUGCUGUGAUACCAGAUAUUUGCCUGCAGAGUUGUUAGUUGUAACAGACUUGAUCAUGUUUAUAGGGUGACAAAUGUUGGUGCUCUUAAAGUUGGGGGUUAUAUUAACUUAUGAUAUGAAGAGUUUGGAGUUCUGGAACAGUAUUUGCUCUUACUUGAAAGGUAAAAUGUAACUAUUAUUGGACAUGGAACUGGUCUUAGGCCACAGAUACUGCUAUUUUGGAAAACAACUAUUUUUUGUUUUGUUUUUCUGAAAUGUCUGUUCACAUGAGAACAUGGAAAUGUGGCGGCUGAGCAUACUCAACUUGCAGCUUUUAAAAUGUUUUUUCACCGUCUAAAAGGCAAACAGGAAACACAUUUUUAGAAACUAGUUUAAACUGCUGCAUUUUCAGGUUUAAAGUGGUCCUCCAUGUAUAUGUGGCCUUAAAGGUUUUAUAUUGUAACAAUUGUAAAUUGUAAUAGUGGUAUCUUUACCUCUCAAAAGCUGCUCUUAAAUGUCCUAAUAAAAUGGCAUCCUGUUCAAAUGAAA